AUGUCAGAAUUCAUCUCGUUCCUACCGCCUCCUGGUCUCGCUCUAGCCAACUAUGAUUCGGCUGCACUGCACACAACACAGCCGCAAGACGUGCCAGAAAUCUUCCGCGACGCCAUGAGCGUGCGCGAAGAUGUCUUUGUCAAAGAGCAAAACAUUGCACUGGAGAACGAGGUCGACAUGGACGACGCUCGCAGCUUCCACUGGGUUGCUUACGCCUCGGUCGGCACAUCCAGCACCGACGGCAAUGCUGCCAUGGAGGGCGUAACCAAAGACUCUGCAACCACUGCCGAGAAUACUGGUCGCAAGGGCAGUACCGCCAUGAGACUGCCCGUCGGCACAAUCAGACUGGUCCCACCUCCUCACCCUCCUCAUCCUCAGCCGGGCUCAAGUCACAAAAUCGACAACCACGAGGGCUUGCCGCAGGACAUGCAAAGUGGUCUAAGCAAGACCGAGAUGCAUGAUGGCAAGGAGGCAUACAUUAAGCUCGGUCGCUUGUCUGUUCUUCAACCUUUCAGAGGACUCGGACUCGCUCGUCUUCUGAUCGAUGCUGCCCUCAGCUGGGCAUCCAACAACGCCGACAAGAUCCUCCCACCCAUGUCUCCUGCAGCAGCUGAGCAGCGCAAGCUCGAGCUUGGAGGCGGAGUUGAGGUCGAAGACGUGUGGAGAGGGCUUGUGCUGGUACAUGCACAGGCACAUUUGGAAAAGUACUGGGCACUGUUUGGCUUUGUCAGAGACGAGAGCAUGGGCACUUGGGAAGAAGAAAACAUCAUGCAUGUGGGUAUGUGGAAGCGUGUGGAGCUG